GACGAAGCUGGAAGCAGUUCUAUUUGCAUACUACAGGAGGUGCAUGGGAAAUCUGCUUUGUGCGUUAGCAGGUGUCGUGUAACGCGGUCGCCUGCAUCUGUCAGUAUUCUUCAGACUGCUGUCAAGAAGUUAUAGUUCAUUAUAUUAAAAAAGGGCAGUCUGAAGCAAUGAGCUCUGAAUCGGGUCUAGUGUCGGUGGACUACGAAAUAUUCGGAGAUGUGCAAGGAGUAUUUUUCAGAAAGUACACUGAGGAGCAAGGUCGGAAAUUGAAGCUAGUGGGAUGGGUUAAAAACACUCCUCGUGAUACUGUAGUUGGGCAGGUUCAGGGGCCCAAGGAGAUUGUUGAGAUCAUGAAGAACUGGCUGCGCACAGUGGGAAGCCCAAUGUCUUCUAUUGACAAAGCUGUGUUCACUAAUGAGAAGCAGAUAACAUCUUUGGAGUUCACCAAUUUUACCACCAAGUACUGAAGAAAGCAGGCCCUCUAACUGUUGUACACAGAGAUGUUCUAGAGAUUUCUAAUAGUGCAUCUUUAUAAGUCUAAUUAACAGGUUGACUUAACUAAAUGUAUGCACAAUAUAACGUAACCCUCAAAAUGUUUUUCCUUUAAUGAAAGUGGUUGUUUUUAUUGUCUCUUGAUUUAUUUUUAAUAUUGUAGUGAUAUACUGUAUUUUCAGUUAAGCUAGAGUAGUCCAAGAAGAAAAAUAGUAAUGCAUUCUUAAUUUAGUUUUUUUAAGAGCCCUUAAUUGAUUACAUUAACAAAAACUGAAUGUGUUAUUAUUCUGUUCCUAAAAAUGAAAAAAUGUAGUUUACAGAAAUCUAUUUGUGUAUUGGCUAAACAAAACUAUAACUGGUAGAACUCUUACUUCAAAUAGAAAGCCUCUUAGUAAGUCAGAUAUGGACAGGAAUCUCCUGCAGUAUUAUUAAAAUUCAAUAACAUCAUCCCUCACAAAUCUGUGUUUCUGUUUUCAAGAUUAUAUUUGAUUCACUAGAUGAUUGAUCAUUUACAGUUCAAUGAAUAAAUCCAGUGUCCUCACCUGUACCUAACACAGUUCUACUUGUUGUUCUCAAUGUCUGUGAUGAUAAAAUGAGGCUGAAACUUAACCUUUCUGCAUUGCUUACCCCUUUUUUAUUAAAAACAUUAAUCAAAUAUUAAUACGAUAUAUUUAUAGUAGUAAAAAGUAAGCAUGCAUUUAUUAACUAAUUUAUUAACUAAAUUUUAUUCACCCAUCCAUUAAUUAUUUUCUGGUUUAACUUAAAAUCAGUUGUAUUAGCAGUAAUAACUUAUCUUGAUCCUAACAGCAGUCUGAAGCAGGAUGUUCAAGUCAAGUUCUAAAGUUUUUUUUUUUUUUUAAUAAUGACAGGAAAACAUAAAAGAAAAUGUGAUGGAUAGUAGAUAUUAUGUUAAAUGAUGUGAUUUAAUGUAUUACACCAUUAUUAUAUUAUAAAGCAAUUUUUCAGCCAAUUAAAAAAAUUAUGCCAUAUGACUUUAUUUAUUAGCAUUAAACACAUCUUUUUUUCUUACUACUGUAUUUGUAUUUUUCCUGAACAUAAAUUCAGUAUGUCCACUUUCUGUUCAGGGCUCUUCGACUAUUGUGUUUGGGUGCCAACAAUUUUAAUGCUUGAUCUUUCUUUUAAACUAUGGUAAAAGAUUAUCUGCUGUGACAACCCCUAACAGGAAAAUCAAAACAAGAAGAAGAAGGUCUUUCUUUUAAACCUGCAAUCAGGUACUGUUUACAACAGAUAUUCUCCUCUGAGAAUGUAUCUGAACUUUUUUGUUUUAACCUAUAAUGUUCUUUAGGAUUCUGUGUUUUAUUAAAAGUUGGAGGAUAAAUAAAUAUAUUCAUCUAGUCUUCUCA